GAGAGAAAGGCAGGUAUGGAGGGAGGGAAACAAGAGGAUGAGAGAGGAACGAAGCCAACCAACCAGCUGAAAGAGAACGAGCGAUCGGGGCUGUUUGAACGUGGCAGGGAGAAAAGGAGGGAGGAGGGAAAGAGAGAGUGUGAGAUCGUUUGUCAGAACCGAGGAAAUAGAAGUGUUACUAUUGCACGGCAACUGGAACGGUGUCUGCACGCUGAGGAUAUGCAUUGGGUCCCAGCGCUCACCGGCUCGCAGGACACGCUCUAAAAUGAGGGAUCUACAAAUAGAGGCAACCACAGCAAGACAUGUGUCUCUGGGGAUGAUGCCGUUGCCGCUGGUGCCACUCUCCCUGUCGCCAUGACGAUGCCGCUCAGCCCCCUCUCCAGCGACGAGGAGCAGCAAAGGAUGCUGGGAAACAGUCAACACCUUUAUCCAGGGGCGGAAGAGGAAGAAGAAGAGGAGGAGGAGGAGGAAGAGGAAAUGGAUGAUGACGGCAUGGACGAGGAAGGCGAGGAGGAGAACGGAGAGCUGGAGUUGGAUGAUGAAGAGGACGUAGACGACGAAGAUGACAUCAGGCGAGGACCAGGGCGUUUGAGAGGAGGCAGGGAAAAGGGGCACAGGCAAAAAGGCACAAUGGCUGGACGACUUCCAGGAGACAGACCGCUACGACCCGGCAACCCGGGCCACACGGCCACCCCGUAUUCGUCCAACCCUGGACCCACCCACCAAGCGCCGGCUAAUCAACAGCAGCCGCAACAGCAGCGGAAGCUACGAGAGCGAAGCUCAAGCAACGCACCUGACGACACACACAUAGCUAUGAUGGUCUUUCGAAUUGUGGACUGUGUCUCUGGGGAUGAUGCCGUUGCCGCUGGUGCCACUCUCCCUGUCGCCAUGACGAUGCCGCUCAGCCCCCUCUCCAGCGACGAGGAGCAGCAAAGGAUGCUGGGAAACAGUCAACACCUUUAUCCAGGGGCGGAAGAGGAAGAAGAAGAGGAGGAGGAGGAGGAAGAGGAAAUGGAUGAUGACGGCAUGGACGAGGAAGGCGAGGAGGAGAACGGAGAGCUGGAGUUGGAUGAUGAAGAGGACGUAGACGACGAAGAUGACAUCAGGAGACAGACCGCUACGACCCGGCAACCCGGGCCACACGGCCACCCCGUAUUCGUCCAACCCUGGACCCACCCACCAAGCGCCGGCUAA